AUGAAAGCGGUUCUCUGCGCGAUUUUCGUCACUUUGCUGGUCACCUUUGGCCAGGGUCUGCCCACCACCCAGUUGGAGGAUGAGGCUCAGAGCAGGGGAUCCUUUGCCGGAAGGGUUUCCCAGCUGAUUGCCCUGCAGCUGCUCAAGUUUAACAAGGACAUCGAUGCCAACCAGGUGCAUUCCCCUCUGGGAGUGGCCUCCAUCCUGGCCGUUCUGGCGGAGGCCUCCGAAGGCGAUACCUACUCGGAGUUCCAGCAGGUCUUCGGCUAUCCCAAGGAUCGCACUCAGCUGAGAGAGGUCUACAAGAGGAUCCUGGGAAGCUACCAGAACAGGGAUGCCGCCGUCGCACUGCCCUCCUUCCAAACCUGGUUGUACAUCUACAAGAACCACAGUGCCAGGGAAGAGUUCAAGGAUCUGCUCGAGAAGAACUACUAUGUGGAUGUGAAGGAUAUCAACAGGCAGGAUUACGAUUGGAACGAGCCCAAUACCUCGUUGCAGCUGUCCGAGGAAAAGGACAAUGCUGAUUCCACCGAGGGAAGCACCGAACAGAGUAACAGCAAGGAUGUGAUUGGAUUCGAGACCCUCAAGAGGAUCAACCUGGACGACGAGGACAUCCCUGCCGUUCCAGCUGAUGGCUAUGGCCAGGAAAUCAUCGAUAAAGAGGCCUCCAAGUUCGACCGCGACAUCGACGACAAACAGUAUGUGGAAAAACCAGUUGCCCAGGCCGAGGCAGAGUUGCUGCAAAAAGAACAGGCAACCACCACAGAAUCGGAGUUAGAGUCCCAGCCCGAGGAAACCACCACCUUGGCUGUGGAAAAACAGGAAAAACCAGACAUGGCAGCCGAGGAAAACCCAGCCGAGAAGCUGCAGAACAAGCGCAGCGACCAGGAGGAGAGCCAGAUCAAGAACCUGGAGGAGAACGAGACGGUGCAGGAGGCGGAGAAGCUGGCCAAGAUCAACGCAGCUCCCGCGGUGACCGCCGGUGAACCCGAGAAGGUGCGCCUGCCCCUCCAGAAGCUGGAAAAUGCCGUCAAGUCGGCGGCUAAGGAUGGCGCCGAUGAAAUUAUGCUCGCCCUGGAGUCGCACUUGGCCUCUGUCAGUCGGGUCUAUGGAGCCCGCAGUUUGUUCCGGCAGGACGACAUCGCCUCCGCCCUGAGUGCCAACUCCAUCACGGGUCGCUCUGUGGGAUCCAAGUCCAAGAUGCUGCUCUUCAACGGACUCUACUACCGCGGCAGCUGGGCGACUCCCUUCUUCCAGCUGAGGGACGGCAGCGAUGAGUUCUUCUUCAUGACCAACGAGGAUGCCAUGAAGGCGCCCAUGAUGCACGCCCGAGGCAAGUUCCAGGUGGCAGAUCUUCCCCAGGUCAAGGCUCGAGUCCUGAGCCUGCCCUACGAGACAUCCCGCUACGCCCUGUGCAUUGUCCUGCCCGAUGAAACGGAGGGACUGAGCGAUGUGAUAGCCCAGUUGCAGACCAGUGACUUCCAGCUGGCCAGGAAACAGUUCCAGGAGAAGGAGCUGCAUGUCUCACUGCCCAAGUUCCAGGUGGAGGAGACCUCCCGUUCGGAGGCCAUGCUCAAGCAGAUGGGUCUGAAGAAGGUCUUCUCGAGGACCGAGGCUCAGCUGGGUCUUCUCUCCGAGGAUCCCGACGUGCAUGUGGAUGAGAUAGUUCAGUUUGUGAAUGUCCGCGUGGACGAGGGAGGCAGUAGUGCCAACUCCCUGUCGGCAGCCAACACGCAGGCCAGAUCUCCAACUCCCAGCGUGGAAUCCACUGUUCUCCCUGUUCCCGAGCCCGAACCCGAACAGCCUGGCGUGGAACGCUUCGAAAUCAAUCGUCCUUUUGCCUACUUUAUUGUGGACUUCCAGGAGCAGUUCGUCCUGGCCUCCGGAAAAGUCUACACGCCCGAGUUCAAGGAGGACCUGCCCUCGGUUUCCGUCGAAGUGGAACUGGAGCAGUCUUAGUCUGCUUAGCCUUAGUAUCUCAUAAGUUUCGUAACGAAUUUUCACCGAUCCAUGCAAUA